GAAGAUCAUUUUGAUUGUGGCGUUUUCCCUCAGUGUGGAGACCAUUUCGUUCCUCCACCUGAUGUACGUGAUCAUGACGGUGUUUGCGGUCAAGUCGCACACCAACUCGUUGGUGUUGAUCACGCGAAUCAUGUCGUUGAUCUCGUCGAUUCUGUUGAUCACGACCAUGAUCUACCAGGUGGAUUACAUCAACGAGGCGAACUACGUCAGCGAGUGUCCCAACAUAGAUCUGAACCAAACUCACUGGGAAAUGAACAACGCAAAGUGGUUCGGGUUUCAGAAGACGUCCGUGAUCAGCAGUUUGGCAGAUUUGGUCCGGCCGUACCUGAUCUACAUCAUUGUAGUGACGAUCCACGCGGUGGUAGUGUUGAGGCAAACUAUCCGUCGAAUACGACUGGGAUUGUCUCCGCGUACUCCGCACAUGAUGUUCCCCAAUAUAACGCGACAAGAUGCAGACAAGGAUAUUCCACGUAUGAUCAAGUACUUGUUCAAUUACGGUUUCUAUAAAUUUGGAGUGGAAAUCUCUCUGGUGUCGCUGGUAGUUGUGAUCGCCUCUCGAAUGGAUGUGUUUUCCUGCUUCUAUGCGAUUUGGAUAUGCAUAAUGUUCCACAUGACCCGUGAUGGAUUACGGCGGGUAUGGCGAAUACUGACGUGGUUCAUUGUUGUGCUGAUACCCUUGCAGUAUGUAAUUUUUAUCGGGUUACCACCGAUUCUGUGCGUAGAUUAUCCGUGGGAUAUUCCAUUCUUGGACCGUUUCCGGAUAUGGGCGAUGUUGCCGGAAAACUCGGCUGUGUUCCGUGCUCAAGCUGGCAAAGUAGUGGCAGAUUUCCUGCUGCUGAUGUUCCUCUGUCGUCAGACUCUGGUGUUCCGGAUUGAGACGAGGUAUUCAUCUUGUCCGGAUGAUUUCGGCGGUGGCAGCAACCAAUCGGUACUGGAGGACAUUGAUAAACUUGGAACGGUUCCGUUCAUCAACCCAACGCCGGAUUUCAUCGCAAAGGUACGAAACUGGUUGGAUGUGCUGAAACGGGGUGCCUUUUUGGUAUUUUUCUGGUUCACAUUGGCGAUUGUGUUUCUGACCGGAACGAGUCGGGUGACGUUGUUCUCGAUCGGAUAUCUGAUUGGAUCGUUCACGUUCCUCUGGCAAGGCACGGACUUCUAUCUGCGACCCAUCAAAGCUAUUUUGAAAACCUGGAAUAUGCUCAUCGGCUAUAACGUCUUCGUUAUCACCACGAAAACGUUACUUCAAAUGUUGGGAUGCCUGUAUCUGAGUCAGCUGACGGCCAACAACUGUUGGCUGGUGCAACUGCUGGGGAUUUCGUGCCUAUCGUCACAGGAUAAGGAACCCGCUCCGGAUCCGAUCGAUCCUGAUGCCAGCGUAGCUACGUGCAACGUUCCUUACGAUGAUUCCGGUCUGUUUUGGGAUGGCGUGUGCUUUGCGUUCCUGUUGCUGCAACGGCGCAUCUUUGCCAGCCACUACUUCUGUCACAUUAUCAACGAGACGAAGGCCAGCACCAUUUUGGCGUCCAGAGGAGCCGAACUGAUUGAAGAACUUCGCAUCAAGGACGUGAAGUUGGAGAUCGAACGUGAAAGUCAAAUUCUGCAGAAGAUCAAAAUGAAAAUGGACCGCAUCAAGGCCACCCAGCAGAAGAUCCUGGAACCGGUUCAUGAGCCAACGACACAUGCCAAAGGAUAUCACACACCAAUCGAGGACGAAAUUGCCGGUGGUUCGAUGAUUAUCGAAGGGGAAGGCAUUUCGGAAAUUCCCUCCGAUAAUGGAGGGUUGAACGUAGGACGCGGUUCCUACCAGACGCAGGCACCUUCACCUUGUUCUGCUUUGAUGACCGUUUCACUGGAAGCAUAUUUAGAUCCACAGCGAAUGUCUUUCGAAUCACCAAACGAUAUGCUAGCUCGGGUUUGCAGCCCGGAUGAUACAUUUCCGGUGUUUUCCCCACCACCAUGCGAGAAGGAACAGCCACCGCCAUCUGCUCCAGUUACUAACACGUUGAUGCCUCCCAGCAAAACUGCUAUGCAAACCCGUCAGCACCGUAGACAAUCCAGUUUGAAUGCCGUAUCCUGGCCUAACCCCAAUGAGCUGACCGUUAGUCCAAGGCAACGUCGCCUUUCCAAUAACCUAACUCCAGCUGAAGAUACCACUGAUCAAGCACCGUCGCCUCGUUCACCACGUUCGCCAAGGUCGUUCACUCGCCAUCAACAUCGACGACAGUCUAGCAUGGGAACAUCUGUGGCUCCGGAAGAACUGAUCGUGGAUCCCAAUCGUCGUCGAUCCAGUUUCUUGGUGUCACUUUUCGUGGAUGACGACACUACUCGGUACGACGAUGUAACACAUGCGGGAAUAGGUCGUAGGCGUUCGCGUGCUCGCAGCUUCUGGGGUCCAGUUGGGGAAGCGGGACUACGCGAGUCGAUUCGCUCGGCCAUGUCCCGAUCUCCUGUGUCCCAUCACGAGUAUACCCAACGACGUCCGUCCAAGUAUUGGCGCAAAAUUGCGGAGAACCGAGCAGCCGCCAUCAGAUCCGGUGACUACUACAUGUUUGAGGAUACGGAGCACGAGUUCGAGCUGGAUUUGAUGCAACCCGGCGGUUCGGAUGAAGAGUUCGAAAAGAAAGGCUCGGCAGAACGACGGCUCAGUCGACGGCACAUGACCCUGGGAAAGCUGAUAGCGAAAAUCAAAGAGCAAAACGAACUGGAAUGCACGGACUCCCAGCAGGAGGAGAGUGGUUCUGCGAGAGCCGACGAGGAACGUUCCUCUGCCGAAACGGCCACCGCGGGUCCGUCGGAUGCGGGCGCGGCAGUUAGACGUGCCUCGUCUCCAGCUUUACGGCGGUCGUCCUCUGCACGCGAACGAGAUCCUACCGGCACCGGCACCACUGGAACGACGGACCGAACCGGGACCACGGACCGUUCCGCCAUUUCCGAACCAAUUCCACACCAUACUCAUUUUGAUGCAAAGAGACGGAAAAGCAGAAUAGAAACUGAUGAACCAGAUGGGCAAAAACCAAGUACCAGCCGAGACCCCCCAAGGCAGCAAUCUUCAACGGACGAAGAAGCACGCCUGAUCAGCGAUGACGAAGAGGAAGAAGAGGCCGAAGAGAUUGAGGCGAAGAAAUCAAAGUUUUCAUUCUCUGGGUUCAAUCUGGUCACGGCGUUUUUGGCGGGAGCUCUGGGGUCGUUAACGCUACGGUUGCACCGUGUCUCGCGGAGCUAUCGAUACGUGAUGAAGGUUUUGGCGAAGGAAAAGAAGAUUUUGAAGGGAACACCUGGUUUUGGAGCUGGCAUGAGAACUGGUUCCAGCAUGGUAUGGACUCCCAUACAGGGUUCGGUGCGAUCUGGAAGUAGUUCAAACUCCGGUUCACGAUCCGGUGCUAGUACCAGUAGUGUAAAGUCCCGUGCCGGAACUCCGGUUCUCGGCCGACUUGCCAUUUCCCGUAGUUCCUUAGAGCAUCCUAGAACCCCGUUGCCCACAGUAGCGCUUUCGAUCGAUCAGCAAACGAGCGAUCAAGAACAGCCACCGCAACAGCAACAACAACAACUACAGCAGCAGCAACAGCAACUGCCACAAGCUACAACAGCGACAACAACCACACAACCACCCUCACCAACAUCAUCACAACAACAGCCACAACCAGCGCCAUUACCUCCAUCCCUACUACUACCAUCAACUUCCGGUUUACCCCAUCAAAGUGUUGGCUUGAUGCCGCGUAGCCAAGACCAGACCACAUCCCCUGCCAUUCAUGGUGAACAGUACAUUGCGGAUGAAGGCAAAUCGACGGACACCAUGGAAAUGGUCGAGAAACCUGCCGAGGAAGACGGAUCCGAAGAGGAUUUCACCAGUCAACAGCAUUCGGUGAUUGUGGAGUUCCUGCAGGCCGCCUGGUACGCCGUACUAUCGCACACGGAUUUCAUUUGCUACUUUUUGGUGUUCUUGAAUCAGAUCAAAUCAGCCAGCUUACUGUCGCUGCCACUGCCACUGAUGGUGACCCUCUGGGGGACCCUUACGUUCCCGCGGCCGUCGAAGAACUUCUGGGUGACGCUCAUCGCCUACACGCAAACGGUGGUGAUUCUCAAGUGCGUCUGCCAGUUUGAAAUGCUGUGGUGGAAUCAGAAUCCCAUUCCGCCGAAUCAACCCUUCAGCCCGGCUCGGAUCAUCGGAAUCGAACAGAAGAAAGGUUACGCCACGUACGAUUUAGCCCUGCUGCUAGUGCUGUUCUGUCACAGAUUCAUCCUGAAAUCGCUCGGCCUGUGGAAGUCGGACUUUGUCGAGGAACCGGAGCCCUCGGAAGGAUUGUACAAGCUGGAUACGAAUGACGAAAAAACGAAAGCGUUGAUCAACGCUGCCGAAGAAGUUGAAAAGGACCAAGAGGCGGUAAUGAUCCGUCAGGAUAGAAACACCGAACUGAGUAUGGUCAAAGUAGAGGAAGGAGCCGACCACGGGCUGGACGACGCUCCGAACGGAAACGGUACGGCGUUGGUUUGUGUAACGCACCAUUCCGAAGAUUCGGGCGAUUACUUCCCGCAGAUUGUGAAACAUUCGUUCCAGAAGUACACCGAAUCGGUCAAAUCGUUCUUCAGCCAGCUGUUGGAUCGACAGUCGCGCAAAACGGCGGAUGUCUACGGGUAUCUGUUUCUGUGCGAUUUCAUCAACUUCUUUGUGAUACUGUUCGGAUUUUCCGCUUUUGGGACCCAGGAAGGUGACGGCGGUGUGCUGUCCUACUUCGAAGAGAACAAAGUGCCAAUGACGUUUUUGCUGAUGUUGAUAAUCCAGUUCUUCCUAAUCGUGGUGGAUCGCGCCCUGUACCUGCGGAAGUACAUGGUGGGCAAGAUUCUGUUUCAGUUCUUCCUGAUCAUUGGGCUGCACAUUUGGAUGUUCUUUGUGUUGCCGGCCACCACUGAGCGGAGUUUCAAUGCAACGAAUCCACCGGUGUACUACUACCUCAUCAAGUGUUUCUAUUUGCUGUUUUCGGCGUACCAGAUCCGAUGUGGGUAUCCGGCGAGGAUUUUAGGGAACUUUGUGACGAAAGGAUUUACUAUGAUCAAUUUUACCGGGUACAAGCUGUUCAUGACGAUUCCGUUCCUAUUCGAGCUACGGACGCUGAUGGAUUGGAUCUGGACGGAUACCUCGAUGACCUUGUUCGAUUGGCUCAAGAUGGAAGACAUCUUUGCGAAUGUCUAUCAGCUGAAGUGCAUGAGACAGUUAGAGGAGGAUCUGCCUGCUCCGAGGGGACAGAAGAAAGGUUCGCUGGUUAAGUACCUCAUGGGAGGAGGAAUGAUGUUCGGAAUAAUUCUGUUGAUUUGGUUCCCGCUAGCACUGUUUGCUUUCAGUAAUGCAGUGGGAGAACCGAAUCUUCCUUUCGAUGUAUCUGUUACGCUGAGAAUCGGUCCCUACGAACCGGUGUACGUCAUGUCCGCUCAGGAUAGCAACAUCCACGGUCUGAAUGAUGCUCAAUGGGAGAAAUUCAUGGCCCCGUAUGCCAAAGACAAAACUGCCUUGACCUUCCUCUCAAACUACGAACCGGUGGACGUGGCCGCAGUGAAGCUCGGUGCCAAUUCUACCUCAAUCUGGAACAUUUCACCACCAGACAAGGCACGACUGCUAAACGAUCUGAACACCACAUCAACGCUGACCUGCCGGUUCCGGUACACUAUCAGUCGAAAGUCACAUUCCAAAGAAAAUCCCGGAACCGUAUCGGAAGAGAAAGCUUACGAACUGGGACCAAACGAUCCGGCUCGACCGGUGCUGGUGCAAAUGCUGUCCACCGAUUCCAACAUAUCCGUAUCGCUGCCGUACAUGAUGCCGAAGUUCCUGAAGGUGAAAAACAGCGGUAAUGUUCGGCCGAUUCAUCAGUUGAUCAAGGGAGCUUACACGGAUGACAGCGACGAAAACUAUCGCAACAUCACGCUCCGGUUGUUCCAAACCCAUACGAACAAUAGCGUCCCGCUGUUUUGGUGGGAAGUCAAAGAAAACUGCAGCGAUCCAUCGUAUGCCACAUUUGCCAACAUGCCGUACGCGGACUGUUUCUCGCACCUAGUGAUGUACAUGUUCAACGAUAAGAUCUUCCCCAGUACCAUCAGCUCCAUUGCUGCCGGAGGCAUCAUCGGCAUCUACUCCACGCUGAUCCUCGUGUUUUCGAGAAUGCUUCGAACCAGCAUAUUCUCCGGCGCCAGCUCCAAAAUCAUGUUCGAAGACCUACCGUACGUGGACCGUGUGCUGCAGCUCUGCCUGGACAUCUAUCUGGUGCGGGAAUCGUUGGAAUUCACCCUGGAGGAAGACCUAUUUGCCAAACUGAUCUUCCUGUACCGCUCGCCGGAGACGAUGAUCAAAUGGACUCGACCAAAGAACGAGGAAGGGGACGACGAAAGCGACUCCAUGAGCACCAGCUCCAAGUCGCGCAAGAAGAAUGAUUAGAUUUCAUCAUCCAACUUUACGUUUCUCUACUUUUCCCGAUCGUGAUAUUACUUUGUAAGGAAGAAUUAUUUAUUACGCAAAAGAGCACUUAAUAACGGAAAACAUACACGAAAGCUUUAUUAAGUUUGAAACUACCUGUUAACGAGAGUUAUGAAGUCUUGGUUGGCACAUCAUUGCAUUUGAAUUUGUUUGAUAGUCGGUUGGAAACCAUUUAACAGCGCUUAGUUGUAAUAAACAGCCAUCAAUUUUGUAUUAUAUUGGAAUUACGAGAGAUAAUGUGUACCAAACGAGGUCAAUUUUGGACCAGUUCUAAUCUUGACGAAACGAAAGCGCCUUCUACCCAUGAUAGUUGUUGGGAAUAUUUUUGUAGAAAGCGGAAAUAUGUUGGAGUCUGCGAGUUCAAUAGAAUUCAAAAACAGAUACAGAAAAAAAAAUACAUUGAUCUCGGGGAUUAUUUGGUCUAAACGCAUUUGACGAACGAAUAAUCUCUGUUGAAUCACAUUCUUUAGGAUAAAAAAUUUGCGAAUACGAAAAAAAAACUCCAUCAUGUUGUAAUUCUAGUCGGAAGAUAAUCAUUUAAUAAAAAGUUUGCGCUAACAUCUAUUUUCGCUCCAUAUCAGAAAAAAAACCGUCGGAUAAUCAUGCGUUUAUAUAGUCUGUUAGCAAUCAUUUGGCACAACAACGACAUAUAUCUAGAGUUAUCUAGUUUACUUAGACGAGCAAAUUGAACCAUCAGAGUGACGAGCGCACGGUGCUUCAUUUACCGUUAUUAUCAAAAAAAAUAUACCAUCAAAACCUGAAACGCCAUUCUCUUUCUUUACCAUUCCUACACCUCUGGACAAAUUUUUAAAAAAAUCGUUAGACGAAAUUUUGAGUUACGCCCUUUUAAAGGGCCUAACCCCUAAAAAAUCAGGGUUUCUAUAGAAAACCAUCAUAUUUCAUAACAGAAGCAUGCUUCUGACAUCAAAACCUGGAACGCCAUUCUCUUUCUUUAUCAUUCCUGCGCCUCUGGACAAAUUUUCAAAGUAAUCGUUAGUCGAAAUUUUGAGUUACGCCCUUUUAAAGGGCCUAACCCCUAAAAAAUCAGGGUUUCUAUAGAAAACCAUCAUAUUUCAUAACAAAAGCAUGCUUCUGACCAGAGAUGCCAGAUUAUUUUUUAUCAAAAAUCUGUAUUAAUACAGAUUUUUCUGUAUCGCCGUUUUUCAGGGUAUAGCAGACACCGAGAGUCCUAGAUUUCAAUAGAAACUAACAAAAAUGUACUACUUUUUGACGAUUUAAAAUUUUUAUAGGUUUUUAUUUUUCUAAAACAUGUGUGAAAAUGUACAAAUUUUCAUAAUUUUUUUAAAGUUUAAGCAGCAAUUCAUAAAGUUUCCAUUGAAUUUUUUGAAAUUAACUUCAAUUUUUAUGCUUUCUGGAGAAAUCUGUAUCAAACUUCAAAAAUCUGUAUUUUCUGUACUCUGUAUCUUGUCUGUAUAGAAGGUAAAAAAUCUGUAUAUCUGGCAUCUCUGCUUCUGACAUCAAAACCUGGAACGCCAUUCUCUUUCUUUAUCAUUCCUACACCUCUGGACAAAUUUUUAAAGUAAUCGUUAGUCGAAAUUUUGAGUUACGCCCUUUUAAAGGGCCUAAUCCUAAAAAAUCAGGGUUUCUAUAGAAAACCUUCAUAUUUCAUAACAAAAGCAUGCCUUGAAGUCCCAAACAAUAAAAAGUAUCAAAAAUAAUGCUACAAUUUUAUACUAUGCGCUAAUAUUGACUAUCUGUAUUGGUAUUUGUAUAAAAAUUGGGCAUUACGCUAAUAUAAGGGAAAUAUUUUCAAACAUGUAGAAAGCAAUCAUUUUUGUAUCAAUUGCCAUUCAUAGCGUGGGACGUAAGUGUUUUGUAUUGUUAUUUUAUAGACAUGUUCAUAUUAGUCAUAUGGAGUGGCGAUGCACAAAUUUCGUCACGCAAAAAACGACCAUUUUAAACAACAUAUUUAUAUCUAUAUUUAUAUGUUAAAUAACAUAUUUAACAUAUAACAAGGCUAUAGCAACAUAUUACCGAAGAUGUCCGAUUAGCAAGAUGGCCAUGUGAGUGGGACGUCCUCACAAAUUGCACCCUCCUUGUAAAUUGGGGUCAUUUUCGAUCCAAACCGUGCACUGUUACUGAGCCUUUACCUACGAUUCGUUAGGAAGGAUAUAUAUUAUAUAAAAUAUAAUAGAAAACCCCAUUUUUUUAAAAAUAAUUAUAACUCUUUAAAACACAUCUAAAAAGAAUUCAAGAUCUCUAAGCAAUCUUUGAAAAAGUUUUAUUCUUUUGAUUUAAUUUCGACCUCCGUAUCUAGUACCGUAAGAUUAAAAAAGUAUAGAUCAUGCUUUAGAAAAAAUACAUUAACUUUCAUGAAAAUACAAUAGCAAUGAUUAUCCUGGACUUUUAAUACCAGUUCUAAGCGAAUUUCCGGUAAUUUCCCUGUUUUUUUUCUGAUUGUUUGCUAUUCGUCUAAUUUUAAUACAAAAUUCUGUAAUAUUAGUGCAUAGUAUCAAAUUGUAACAUUAUUAAUAGUACUUUUUAUUAUUUGGGACUUCAGCUUCUGUUAUGAAAUAUGAUGGUAUUCUGUAGAAACCCUAAUUUAUUAGGGGUAAGGCGCUUUAAAAGGGCGUAACUCAAAAUUUCGUGUAACGAUUAUUUUAAAAAUUUGUCCAGAGGUGUAGGAAUGAUAAAGAAAGAGAAUGGCGUUCCACGUUUUGAUGGCAGAAGCAUGCUUUGUUAUGAAAUAUGAUGGUUUUCUUUAGAAACCCUGAUUUUUAGAGGUUAGGCCCUUUAAAAGGGCGUAACUCAAAAUUUCGACUAACGAUUACUUUGAAAAUUUGUCCAGAGGUGCAGGAAUGAUAAAGAAAGAGAAUGGCGUUCCAGGUUUUGAUGUCAGAAGCAUGCUUCUGUUAUGAAAUAUGAUGGUUUUCUAUAGAAACCCUGAUUUUUUAGGGGUUAGGCCCUUUAAAAGGGCGUAACUCAAACUUUCGUCUAACGAUUUUUUUUAAAAAUUUGUCCAGAGGUGUAGGAAUGGUAAAGAAAGAGAAUGGCGUUUCAGGUUUUGAUGGUAUAUUUUUUUUUUGAUAAUAACGGUAAAUGAAGCACCGUGGAGCGGCUUUUGUAAAAUGUACAGUACGCGUUUGCGGAACAAAGACAAAUGCUUCAUUUUUUUUGACAAAGCCCCAGUUAAUGUUUGUAUGUAUCUACAUGUGGGAAACCAGUGACGAAACUGAUAUAGUGCGGUAUAUUUUUAAACGAUCUUUGGAAAUAAAAGCAAUUUGUACUUGA